AAAUCGCUGAAUAUCUAUUUUUUCAUAUUUUGACUUCAUGAUAAGAGUUAUCUUUAUGUUCCUGAUAAAAAUGCUGUCUAAGCAUUCUCAGUGACUACUUGUAAAAUAUUCGAGCUCUAAUGAUCACUUCUGUUCUACGAUUAGCGAAAAUGGCGAUUUUCACAAUGCACAGUGCCCCUAUUUGCCCAGCUUGCCGUUCAGUGUUGAUGACAGCUGAGCACUUGAAACUGAAAAUUGAUGUUAAAAAUUAUAAUUUAAGCGAAGGAGAGCACAAAAAUCCAGAAUUUAAAAAGAUGAAUCCUCAAUACACCGUUCCUACUAUCGAUGAUAAUGGGUUUUAUCUGUACGAAAGUCGAGCUGUUUUAGCCUACAUGAUGAAUAAAUAUGCUCCAGAUAGCCCUGUUUAUCCCAAGGAUCUAUUUAAUAAAGAUAUACAAUGGAGUUAA